UCUGUCAUGGCGGCGUGCAGUGUUGGCGCUGGUCUGUGGAAGCGGGAUGAUGGGCUUUUUGGUCUCUCGGCAAGCAGGUUUAGAGGACCCGCUUCGCUUCCGGAGAGCCGAGUCCACACGCAGGGUACUGGGACUGGAGUUAAACAAAGACAGAGAUGUUGAAAGAAUUCAUAGCAGUGGCAUUAACACCCUUGACAUUGAACCUAUUGAAGGGAGAUACAUGUUAUCAGGUGGUUCAGAUGGUGUGAUUGUACUAUAUGACCUUGAGAACUCCAGCAGACAACCUUAUUACACAUGUAAAGCAGUCUGUUCCGUUGGCAGAAACCAUCCUGAUGUCCACAAAUACAGUGUGGAGACUGUUCAGUGGUAUCCUCAUGACACGGGCAUGUUCACUUCAAGCUCAUUUGAUAAAACUCUGAAAGUAUGGGAUACAAAUACACUACAAACUGCAGAUGUGUUUACAUUUGAAGAAACUGUUUAUAGUCAUCAUAUGUCUCCAAUUGCCACCAAGCACUGUUUAGUAGCAGUUGGUACUAGAGGACCGAAAGUACAACUUUGUGACUUAAAAUCUGGAUCCUGUUCUCACAUUCUACAGGGUCACAGACAAGAAAUAUUAGCGGUUUCCUGGUCACCACGUUAUGACUAUAUCUUGGCAACUGCAAGUGCUGACAGUAGAGUAAAAUUAUGGGAUGUGAGGAGAGCAUCAGGAUGCUUGAUUACUCUUGAUCAGUAUAAUGGUAAAAAAUCACAAGCUGUCGAAUCAGCAAAUACUGCUCAUAAUGGGAAAGUUAAUGGCUUAUGUUUUACAAGUGAUGGACUUCACCUUCUCACUGUUGGUACAGAUGAUCGAAUGAGGCUCUGGAACAGUUCCAGUGGAGAAAACACACUAGUGAACUAUGGAAAAGUUUGUAAUGACAGUAGAAAAGGAUUGAAAUUCACUGUCUCCUGUGGCUGCAGUUCAGAAUUUGUUUUUGUACCAUAUGGUAGCACCAUUGCUGUUUAUGCAGUUUACUCAGGAGAACAGAUAACUAUGCUUAAGGGACAUUAUAAAAGUGUUGACUGCUGUGUAUUUCAGUCUAAUUUCCAGGAACUUUACAGUGGUAGCAGAGACUGCAACAUUCUUGCUUGGGUACCAUCCUUAUAUGAACCCAUUCCUGAUGAUGAUGAGACUACCACCAAAUCACAAGUAAAUCAAGCAUUUGAAGAUGCCUGGAGCAGCAGCGAUGAGGAAGGAUGAACAUCAGCCUUUAGUACCUUCAUUUGUGUAGAUUUUUUUUUUAACUGUUCCAUCUUUUCCUGACAAUUAACCCUGUGUUUGGGUGAUAUUCCCCCAUACACGUUUUAAAAUGAGGUUAACAUUUGUAUAAAAUAUUCUGAAAGAGACUUCUGUAUAGGUUUUUUACUCAGAACUUACCUCACUGAUCCCAGUUGCUGUGCCUGGGUCUCCCUCUGUUGCUAAAUACAAGAACAGAAGUUAGUGUCUCAA